UCCGUACUAUCUUCCACAAUUUUUUCAUUUAUUUAUGAUUGACCAUGGCGGACGAAGGUGUUGCCAACGGCGUCGACGACCAGUACGCCGAGGAAUUCGCGGCGAAGAUCGCGGCGUUGCAGCGCGAGCGAGACGAAUUGCUGAGAGACAGCGUGGCGAGGAAGGAGGAGAUCAAGAAGCUCACGGCGGAGCUCGACGGACUGAGGAGCGACGGCGCGGAGACGAGUGAGAAGAUCGGGGAGAUGCAGAGAGAAGUUGAGCAGUCGCGUGAGGCGGCGAAGGUUAUCGCCGCGAGGGCGGCGGACCUGGAGACGGAGGUGACGAGGCUGCAGCACGACAUGAUAUUGGAGAUGAGUGCGGCGGAGGAGGCGAGGAUGGACGCUGGGGAAUUGAGGAAUGUAUUGGGAGAGAAGGAGUCUAGGGUUGAGUUUCUGGAGAAGGAAGUGGCAGGGUUGAAGAAGUUGAAGGCGGAGAGUGAGGUUAGGGUAAGGGAUUUGGAGAGGAGAAUUGGAGUUCUGGAGACUAAGGAGAUUGAGGAGCGGAACAAGAGGAUUAGGUUUGAGGAGGAGAUGAGGGAUAAGAUUGAUGAAAAGGACAGGGAAAAUAAGGGGUUUAGGCAGAAGGUUGAGGAGUUGGAGAAGGUUGUUGCUGAGAAGAUAUCUGAGUUGGAGGAUUCGGUUAAGCAGAAAUUGAGGUUGGAGGUGGCACUUGCAGAAUCUGAGGAGAAAGCAAAUAGUUUGGAGUCGAGUAUUCUUCAAUUGCGCGAGGAAGCCAAGGAAGCCGAGAGGGUGAUCAUAUCUUUGAAUGAGAAGGCGGUUGAAACGAUCGAUAGAAGUGUAAAUGGUGUACACGAUGAUGAAGGGAAGGGGUUGAAGUUGCAGUGGCCAGUGGUGGCAGUAGGGUCUACUGGAGCUGUUGUUGCAGCAGCUGCAGUAAUCUAUGUGUGCUACGGGAAACGGAGGUGAUUUUCUGGGGAUAGGGUGGUCAAUGAAGAAGAGAGAUUUGAUCGGGAGGUUGUAGAGGUUAGAUUCACCAGGUCUUUAGUCACAUAUAUGCUGCAAUUUUGUUACAAAAUAAUGCUUCUCUGGCUUUUGUUUUUAAGCCUGUGAAUUUGUUAUUCAUCUCGAAGUUGACAUGUUUGGUGUUGUUAGUUGUUUUUACUUGUUACGACGAUCAAACCAUUGUGUGUGUUGGAUUUAAUAAAUAGGUUGUGAAACUGAGAUUAGUUGUUUCUUUGUGUUUAGUUUUGACCCUUAUUAGCUUAUCAAGUAUCACCUCUUGUUAAGUUGUUCAGUUUCUGAAGUUGAUUUAUGUGCAUCUAGUCUUUAGUCUUUUCCAUGGUGAUUUUCACAGCAUGUCUUUGAAUGUAGAACCCAGCUGGUGAAUUAUAUGAUGUUUCAGGAUUU